AUGUGCUUCCACGUGUCCAUUCCGGACGGAGCGUGGUCAAGAACUAACGUCGCUGCGUUCACCGUCGAAGGAUUCGAGACGUUAGUGACGCUGGUGAUUGCUGUCACAGCAUCGAAUCUGUUCUUCACGGGCUUCUGGCAACGAGUCUAUGCUGCAUACGACGACCAUACGCUUCGUAAAGCUGCGUUCAUGGCUUGUGGAAUCAUUAUCCCGUUCACUGUGGCCUUGGCGCUAGCUGGUAUGGUGUCGUAUCUGGCGUAUCCAGACGGAGAUUUAUUUUUCGCGAUUUUAAUCGACAUGGGCCAUGGCUGGGAAGUGCUGAUCGUUAUCGUCAUCGCUAUGUUGGCCAGUGGCGUGUCCGACUCGAUACAGAUCGGGAUUGCGGCGGAGCUGACGACGUGCUUCCCGCAGUUAUCGCUUUUGCACGCACGUAUUAUUGUUGCGUUGCUGAACGCGCCAGCUAUCGUGAUCGGCUAUCAGCAGUAUGACAUCCUGAAUUUGUUCCUGAUCGCUGACUUGCUGUGCACUGGUGCUGUUGGUCCGAUGUUGCUUGGGGUCUGGAAGCGUGCUACUCGCACGGGUGCACUGGCUGGGAGUGCUGCUGGGCUGAUCACCAUCUUCAUCUGCGGCGUGAUUGCACAGGGAAAGUUUGUGGGUGGAUUCAACUGGUUUAUUCUACCCGAGGGACUCUACUCGCAGAACAGCAUGAUCACAUUUAUCGUAACGCUCGUCAUUCCGCCUGUCGUGACUGUGAUCGUGUCGCUGAUGACACCCAAGCGUAUCGACGAGACCGAAGACAGCUAUCUGCUGGAGAACUCCCCCAUCCAUUCGAGCAAGGACUAA